AUGAAGCUCAAGCAGCUCGUUGGCGAGCUGCAAGGCGUGCAGUCGUGGCGUCACCCAAAGUCGGAGCUCGAGCAGUAUCCGACGCCGCCGGACAUUGCGGCGCACAUGCUGCUCGCGGCGGACGCGGAGGACGGGCUGGAGGACGCUCUGGUGGCGGACCUCGGCUGCGGAGGCGGCGUUCUCGGCAUCGGCGCCGCGCUCCUGGGCGCCGCGCACGUCCUCGCCGUCGACCUCGACCCGGCAGCGCUCGAGGUGGCGGCGGAGAAUGUGGAGGAGUUUGAGGUGCCCGUCUCGCUGCUGGGCUGCGACGUGGUCCAGCUCGCGAUGCGGUCGGGGCCGGAGGGCGCGCCGAGCGGUGUCGCUGACGCCGAAGGAGGCGCCGACGCUGGGGCUGCGGGCGGCGCGUUUGACAUUGUGCUGAUGAACCCUCCGUUUGGGACGCGAAACGAGUCGCACGGCGCGGACGUGGCGUUUCUGCAGGCGGGGCUGCGGCUCUGCCGGCCCGGCGGCGCGGUCUACUCGCUGCACAAGACCUCCACCCGCCCGUUCAUCGCGAAAAAGGCGGCCGAGGCCGGCGGCGAGGCCUCGGUGGUGGCGGAGCUGCGGUUCGAGAUCCCCAGAAUGUACAAGCACCACCGGCAGCCGAGCAAGGACGUGGCGGUCGACUUUUGGAGAGCAGCGCUGGCGGCGGGAGAGGAGGCGCAGUUGGCGGCGGCGCUAGAGGAGAGCACGAGGCUGGAGGAGGAGAGGCGGGCGCCCGACGAGCAAGCGUCGUCCUCUUUGGCUGCAGAGAGGCCGCCUUCGGUGGAGGAGGAGGAGCCGCCGGCCGACUUCAUUUGCCCGAUCACAACCGAGGUGAUGGUCGACCCGGUGAUGGCGGCGGAUGGGCACUCAUACGAGCGCUCGGCGAUCGAGCGCUGGCUCGCGACCAAUGGCAAGAAACCGUUCGCACACCCGUCACCCGACUCCUGA